AUGAUAAAGAUAUUCCAAAUCAAAAUAAUUUAUACAAGUGAUAUUAGUCAAGAGACGCAUUCUUCAUUAUUCGAAUUUAAUAGUAACGUCGAACGGGUCACAGGUUCUCAACAGUCAUCGAAUGAUGUAUUGGUUCAAAAUACUAGUGAAAUUGACGAUCAAUCUGCUUCAAAUUUUCUCAAAAGAAAACGGUGUGGCGGAUCUAAGCCGGACCUAGUGUGGGAAUAUGUCAAU